AUGAACACGAGCAGCGUGAGGUUCGACGAGCGCGACGGGCGCGGCGAGGUGACGUUUAUGUUUGUGUCGACGGUGGGGAUGGAGAAGAAGCGCGGGCGGAAGAGGGGUAAAACUAAAGCUUGA